GGAACAGAGCACUGCUGAGUUCAGGCUGAUUAUUAGCUCGUGGACUGUCAGCAAAAUACAGUCACAAGAAGGCUGUGUGCUGAUUUGUCUUUUGCGGUGAUAUCAUGUUGCUCAUGUUUUAUGUUUUUCAGAGUUCAUUAGUUUCUUUCUGUUCUCAGUUAAUAUCUAGCUCCAGAGAUUGUGUAAGUAGAAUACCCCCAAACUGAAAGUCACCUAGGGAAAUUAUAGGAAAUGUAUGUCACCCAUUUAAACUAUAGUUGAAAACGUGUACACUUUAGUUUCCUGUAGCCAACACUGGGUCAUGGGUAAGGGCACAGGAUCCCAGGGCUGGACUGCCUGGGUUCAAGUUCCAACUUAGUCACUUGCUGGCUGUGGAAUACUUGACAGCUUUAAGCCUCAGUUUCUUUCUUUGUAUUUUUUUUAACUUAAUCCCAAAUGUGACAGUAAGUCUAAGUUACUUGAUCUGAAAAACAGAAAUUAUUCAAUGAGAGUGUGAAAACUUUAGAGUUUUUAAAGGCACUGCCUGACUCACAAAAGUCCUCAGCUUUAGCGGUUAUUGGCUAUGAUAAUUAUUGUGUUGGCUACACGUGCAUUAAUGAGGAAGGAGAAUGCUCAGGGAUAACAAUCAAGUAUCCAAAUGAUCUCAUCAGACUGAGAGGGAGGCAUAUGUGUCCAUGCUCAUGUUUCAGCUCAGAGCCCUUUGUCUAGAAGGCUCUUGAACUCAGAGGCCCAGGCACUAUCAAGUUGGCUUUGCUGUGGAGCCGGCACUUUUGUUCAUCAAUGAAAUUGACAUAAUGCUUUUUUUCCCCCUACCACCAACCAUGUGCCUAGAGUUAACUGUGUCAAGGGGAGCAUGCUUCAGUUGGCUGGAGUGAGCAAUUCAACUUGUGGAGGAAUGAGAAAUGUUAGUGCUGAGACAAGAAACAGAAAACCCCAGGGGCAGCAAAGCCGAGGAGAAUGGCUCCGACAGCUUCAUGCACUCCAUGGACUCACAGCUGGAGCGGCAAAUGGAAACAACCCAGAACCUGGAGGACUCCAACAUGGCCAUUGUCAACAACACCAUGUGGGACCUCACGACCAAGGAGUUCAUCUUCUCAGAGCUGCUGUCCACCCUGGCAUCCUGAAAUUGAACCUGCAGGACAACCAGGAGUCCUGUCCCUGUACUCGUGUGGGGACCAGAACACGCUGAUGGAGGAGUCAGCAGAGCAGGCGCAGCGGUACGCCGAGAUGCUGUGCAUGCACCACAUGCUGAAGGAGGCGCUCAGCGUCAUCGGCAACAUCAACAAGGCCACCAUCAGCACGCCCACGUGGUCUGUGGACAACUCUAGGCUGCAGGUGCUGAGAGUCCUUGCCGGACGCAGGUACGAGGGCUGGCUCCCAAGGCCCCAAAGUCCCCCAGCCCCCAUGGCUGAGCCUGGGGCUCUUGGAACAGGCUCUGUGCCCAAGCUGACAGACGUGGGUGCUCUCUGGAACCAUCAGAAAGCUCAUGGUUUAUGGUGUAAGGGCUGAGAGCUGGGAGGGGGUUGUGUGUGGGGCUGCACUCUGAGGCGGCCAGAGGCCUAGGAAUGUCAUCCUGGGUACGCCGUACCUGUUGUGCAGUCUGAGUCAUGCUGCCAGGGCAGAGUAUCCGGCUCCCAGCCUGGGAGUGCUGAGAGCCAAAUCCACUGCAGAGGAGGGGUGAGAGUCAGGGUCCCACCUCCUCUAUCUGUCGGCAAUCCAGUGGUGACCUAGGAUAAAACCUCGAGAGUCCCAUACACACGGUCAACCCAGAACACACCUCACAGGCCAGGUAGGGACACACAGCCCCCUUCUCUCCCUCCCAGGUCCCAUCAUAGCUGCCAGUGUGUGACGGAAGGCAGGGUCCCUGGCCCGCGCUGAAACACUACCGCCCAUCAGCAGGGUCAUUCACCUUGGCCUGUUGCUCCUAGAGGUUGCCUCCGCUAUUCAACCAAGGGGACCACAGUGCCUGGUUGAGCUGCUAUUGAACCAAGGGGACUCCCAGCUGAGCUCUGCCCGGCAAGCCCACCCACCUCCCCUGCCAUGGACUCUCCCUCUUCUGCUUUUCCCAACAGGAAGGGCCCAGUCUCACUCUCGCGACCUGCAACCCCCAACAAGCUGAGGCUCCCCUAUUAGACUUAUAAGUCUAUAGCCAGUGGCAUCCGGCGGCCUGCCCUCCCUGCCUCCCCCAGGGUCCCUUCAGAGGAUCCUGGGCGUUCUGACCACCCAGAGGGUUCUCUCGGCGAUCACUUCAGCCAUCCAUCCCUUUUAGCUUCAUCAUCCUGGUUCAAGCAGUGUUCCGUCUCUAUCAGGCCUGGUGGCUGUUGCGUUGGGCUCCCUGAGGCGAGAGGUGGUCCCGAAUCAGUGGGUUGGAAGGCAGGGUGACCAGAGAAGAGGGAAGCCCAAAGAGGCUGAGCACUGGUCUGACCGGUGGGUGCAUUAUCUGGGUGCCAUGGAAGAGGCCAGCGUGCGUGGGUGGGGAGGGCUGCCACAGCCCCCAGGCACUACCUGUGAAGCUCUGGCUCCUCCCUCCAUCUUCCUCGCCUUUCCCUUCCAGCCCCUCUUUUCCAGGAACCUUGACACGCCCACACCUGUGCCCUCCCCUCCCCGACCCUCCCACAGCUGCUGUGGCACAUCUGUGCUCUGCAGUUGCCUCAUCAGCUCUCUGCUCACUUUUCUCCCUCCUGUUUUCUCUCUGCUUUCUCUCCAACUGCCAGCCGAUCGGGUCCUGCAAGUCCAUCCCAUCCUGAGAGCCCCAGGCCCUCCUUCGACCUCUACCCCUUCUUCUGGGAGACCUCCCUUUCCAAGCCUGCUUGGGCGGCUGUUCUGUGAUUUGACAGUGGCUCCCCCGGCCCCAAAGCCAGCCCUCUUCAUCUGUGACUUGGUCUGUUGUAGUGGUGAGCUGACACUUCCAGGUGUGACUGUUGCUGAAAACGUGUGCCCUCCUCUGUGGUAUGCCCCUGCCCUGUUCUAUAAAUAUCUAUAAAUACACACACACACACAAACACACACACACACACCGCUACAUGUGGCUGGCUGCCUGGCCUCUAGCACUGGGAAUCAGUCACAAUGCUGUCUUUUUGGAGUCUUGUGUGCCAAUAAGAGAAAGCUGUCCCCUGACAUUGCCCCUCCAAAGUGAAGCACCUCCAGUGAGCCUCCCUGUCCUGCCUGGCCUAUAGAGAGCCAGCCCCCGCCAUCCCUCCCACCCCCUACCAAGCAUGGGAGUGCUGUGCAGGCAGCUGUGCGGCCUGACAGUCUCUACCAGUCCUGCUGUCCCUCACACCCAUUUCUGGAUGGCGGGGAAAUGUGUCCUCUGCUGGCUGUGUUCUCUGUGGAGCUCAGGGGAGGGGAAAGGCCAAGCCAUUUCUAGGGUGCUGUCGGGAGCGGUGAAAAGGCCAUACCCUUUCCAAGGUUCACUUUUCCUGGAAAGCCCCUGGAGCUUCCCUGGCUCUUAUCCUGUGAAGAAGGCUCUGGCCACCAGGGGGCAGGGCCAUGAACGCAGCCUGGAGGGAGCCUGCGGGGCAGCCGGCGCUCUGGAGGGACAGACAGAAGAGGCCACCAGGUGCCGACGGGAGAGGGAGGCACGGGGACGGAAUGGAAGACGCCUGGGCUGGGUGGAAGUCAGUGCCCUUAGGUGCUGGUACCUGUCUUCCCGGCCACCUCUAAAUCAGGCUUCUGAGCCUGUUGGCUGUCAGGGUGGGACUGCGCCCCUCAGGCGCCAUGGCAGUCCCUGUGGAAUCCCCCAGGUGCCACCAGGCAGCAUACAGGUAACAAGCCUGGAAGGUCCCCAACAGCCUAGCUGGACAUGCUCAAGACACUCUGGGGCUCCUCAUUUGGUGGCACAAACUCCAGGACCCAUUGAGGGAAAUGGGAGCACACCAGGCCGAGAAGUAUGGUUAAAUCUGUUUAUUCUAAAAUAAAAAGCAAAAUAAACAGGAGUCGCAUCACCAGGGAGCCACGACCCCAUCCACGCCUCCUUCCUCUGUCCUAUGCUAGCAAUAAAUAAGUUUCCCAGCCACAAAUAAUUAUUAGAACCUCCUCCCCACAUGCCAGCUCCAACCACAGCUAGGUACCAUACAGGGGUGGCCCUACCCUCUGGAAUAUACAAAACGUUACACAGACAAAAUGUGUACACUGGAGAAGGGGGCCACCCCAGCAGCCCGUGUCCUCGCCUGGUCCACAGUUAGCCCCACUGUCCUGCCUCACUUACCUCUCUGAAUAAGGAGGUGGGAGCCCCCCUGAGAGAAAAGUUGCUAUGCUGAGAGUAAGGAGGCUGUCAGAGUCAUGCUUAAAAAUUUUUAAUUUAAGGUCUUGUCUUGCCACCCUAAUUGUAAAGGGGUGACUGGGAAGGGGUGGUAGGGUCAUGGUGGCGGCGGAGACUCCAGCCCCACUUCUCCAGGCUUUGCUGACACGGAACUGCUUUGAAUUUUUAUUUUUAUCCCAUGACUUGUUUUUUAAAUCCCGUAACUUCUUAUUCAUAACAUUUGGUAACUUUGCGUAAAACUUUUUUCUACAUUUUUGCCACAAUUUUUCUCUUUUUUAUCCCAUAACUUUUUCACUCCAUAACUUUUAAAAUCCCAUAACUUUGUAAAUUUGUGUUCUUUUAAUAAACACUUGCAUAGUUAUAUUACGAUAUUGUAAAAAUGAAACAGAUUAUCUCAUGCCAAGCAUGCCUGGCAUUUGCACAGUAUCAAUACCUUUAACACUAUAGUUUUCAAGACUCACAAAAUAAAAUUUUAAGGCAAAAACAGCACUUCGCAACAACUUAAUCAUUUAUUACAUUAGAGUAGCAUCACACCAGCAGUCAAUAAUGUCACUUUAGGGGAAAAGUCUUUCAGUAUUUCCAGUAUAAAUUCUGUUUACAAGAAUUCAUAAAUUGGUAAAAUUCAUUCUAAGAAAACUUGGCAAAUAAAGUUUUAGGCUAGAAUUGGCA